AUGUCGGCAGGCAAAAAUGCGAGGCGGUGUCGGUGUCAGCAAGCAUUAAUGCGAAGCCAAGCGGGAAUGCAAGGCAGUGUCGAUCUCGGUAAGCACGCACGUCAGGCCAAGCAGGGAUGCAAGGCAGUGUCGAUGUUGGUAAGCACGAACGCGAAGGCAAGCAGAAAUGCAAGCGGAAGUCGAUGUCAGCAAGCAGAAGCGCAAAGCAGUGUCGAUAAGCAGAAGUGCUGGUCUUAUCGGUAG